AUGAAUCAGUUGCAAUUAAAGUAUUAUGACUAUCCAUACCUUGGAUUAGGAACCUGGAGAUCGGAUAAAGGUAAAGUUAAAGAGGCCGUUAAAUUUGCGCUUUUGGAGGCCAAUUAUCGGCAUAUUGAUUGUGCUUUACUCUACAACAACGAGGAGGAAGUUGGUCAAGCAUUGGCUGAAGUCUUCGAGACUGGUCGUCUUACUCGAGCCGAUGUAUUCAUUACAACCAAAUGUUGGAAUACUUAUCAUUCAAGAGAUAAAGUUACCGAAUGCUGUAAGAAAUCAUUGGCUAAUCUUGGCCUCGAUUAUGUUGAUCUUUACCUAAUCCAUUGGCCGACAGGAUUCAAAGAAGGAGAUGAUCCAUUUCCUUUGGAUUCGUCAGGUAAAGUCCUUUACUCUGACGUCGAUUACCUCGAGACCUGGAAAGGUAUGGAAGAUGUUCAGAAAGCGGGACUAUCCAAAUCGAUCGGUGUUUCCAAUUUCAACUCUGAACAAAUUCAACGAGUUCUCGAUAAUUGUGAAGUUAAACCAGUUAUGAAUCAAAUUGAAGUUCAUCCUUACCUCUCCCAACAACCAUUGAUUAACUUUUGUAAACAACGAGGUAUCGACAUAACAGCCUACAGUCCACUUGGAUCACCCGAUAGACCAGGAGCUAAUCCAAGUGAAUCCGGAAUACUUGCCGAUUCAACCAUAAUCAACAUCGCUAAGGUUCACAAUAAAACUCCAGCCCAAAUCCUACUUCGAUAUGCCGUUCAAAGGGACAUCAUCGUGAUACCCAAAAGUGUUACACCAAAUCGAAUAAAAGAAAAUAGUAAAAUUUUUGAUUUCGAUUUAACCAACGACGAGAUGAGAUUAAUUGCUAAUCUUAAUCAAGAUAAAAGGUAUAUAACCGCUGAAAGUUUAAAAGAUCAUCCAUAUUUCCCAUUUGCGAUUCCCUACUAAUUAACUCAAUCAACAAACCCAUAAUCUUAAUCUAGAGUUUUGGCAAGAUAAUUGUUGUUUGUACCGAGAGUUGAUGAUUAAAAGUAACUGAACACAAUUAAGAUAAUAAUAAGUAAUAAUUUAAAAUGGUACAAUGAUUGUCAUAAAAGUCUUGAUUGUAAUGUUAAUUGGUUUACACGAGUAAGAUAAUGAGGCUUUGGAAACAAAAUAUUAUUAUUAUUAAUAACAGCGACAACUUUUGGUUUAACUUGAUUCAAGUUUUUACGUUUAAAUUUGCUAAUUGUUGGUGAAUUGUUAGUCAAUUGGUUGACUUGAUUACCAGCGAAUCUAUUGUGAUAAAGUUUAUUCAGUCGAUUUGUAAGAUGAUCAAGGAGACAAUUAACCAACGAAUAGAUUGAUAAUCCAAACCAGAGUCCAAUUAAUCCACCGAAAGAUGAGAUAAAAUUAGCAAAGGAUAUUACAGGUUUACGAUCAAUGAUUAUGUUGCCCAAUUUGGACGAGUAUAAGGCCACACCUAAACCUAUUCCUGGAUAACGGUACCGUUUAUGUGGCCUUAGUAUUUUCGAUACAUAAUUAUGACGUUUACAAGCUUGUCGUCCACAAAUUGGUUUACAUUGUUUGUAUAAUGAGAGAGAUAAAUUGUAAUAUUGAAAUUCUUCA